UGAGUUAAGAUGGCGGCGGCCACGAGGGAAGAAGAUGCGUUCCGUCGCCUCUUUCGUUUCUAUCGGCGAUGGGAGGGGUCGGAUCCUACCGGGGUGAUUGACUUCUCAAAGCCAGCCGGGCGGCAGGUAGUCAGCUGUCCUCUGAAGUUAAUCUCAGUAAGUGAUCAAGAUGCCUACAGAGCAGGAUUACAUCCAGUUACACAGUGGAAAGCUUAUGGUCUAGAUAAUUAUCCAGGAUUCAUUUAUAUUAAUAAUCCCUUUCUUCCGGGCUCUCAGUGCCAUUGGGUGAAGCAAUGUCUAAAGAAAUAUACUCAGAAACCUAAUGUGUGCAAUUUGGAUAUGCAUAUGUCUUCUGAGGAAAUUACUGAUAUCUGGGAGAAGAGUAAAUUUCAGCUUCGAAACCAAAGUGCCACUAAAUCACAGCCAAAAAGCUUAUUGGAAAAGUUGCGCUGGGUAACUCUAGGUUACCACUAUAACUGGAAUACAAAGAAAUAUUCAGCAGAUAACUAUACCUCCUUCCCAUCUGAUCUGGCUUUCCUGUCAAAGCAAGUGUCUAAAGCUUGUGGAUUUCCCAACUUCCAAGCAGAAGCAGGGAUCCUGAACUAUUAUCACUUUGAUUCAUCUUUAGGAAUUCAUGUGGAUGAAUCUGAACUGGACUUUUCUCCACCUCUUUUAUCAUUCAGCUUUGGACAGUCAUCCAUAUUUCUGCUGGGAGGAUUGAAACGAGAUGAAACCCCUGUGGCCCUGUUCACACAUAGUGGAGACAUUAUGAUAAUGUCUGGUUUCAGUCGCCUUCUGUAUCACGCAGUUCCCAAGAUCUUUCCCAAUCUAGAAGGAAAGCCUUUGCCAUCUUCCUUAGAGCUACCUCUCUCUGCUGACCUGCCUGCAGACUCUGUGGUUGAGCCCUGCUCCGAUGACGAUUGGCAAACCUGUGCCAGAUAUUUGGAAACAUCCCGUAUUAAUAUGACUGUGAGACAGGUACUAGCUGAAGGUCAGGGCUUCUUGACUGAAACUAGGACAGAGAGCGAACAAAAUGCAUUCUCCACAGACCAUUGUGAAAAGUUUAGAGAAACCAAAACAGACAAGCCUAUUAGCAACAGAUGAGCUCCUCUUCUUUUCACCAUAACCUCAGAUGCAUGAAGAUGCAUAUCCCACAGAAGAGAUGGGAUAUGCCAUUGAAAGAAAAUUGAUUAACUGUGAAAAUAAGUAUGUACAGCCAAAGUAUGUGGCUCAGGUGAGGAAAAUCAGUGCUGUUUCAGCCUCAUUAGGAUCACACAGCAAAUCUAUGUAUUUUGAACUAAGUUAUUUUGAUGCUUUGCAGAAAUCAAAACUUUUCUCAGCCUAUAACUUUCUUGUGGUUUGCUUUGAGAUAUCAGAGGGGAGGUUUCAAGUUAAAAAGCAUAUCUGGGUAAUCCAUAAAGUGCCAGAUGGUCAGUUUAACUCUGAAUUUCUUUGGCACAAUUGCCUGUUCCCUCACUUUUUUUGUAUUUGGGACCCUUCUGGGCCUCACUAGCAUUCCUCUUCACACAAAAACUAGCUUAUCUUUGCACAUCAUGUCAUUAGGCAAGGCUUUCUUCCAACAGUCUUAUAAAGACAGAUCUGCUUUUUGCAGAUGAAUUUUAUGCCUCCCUUUGGCUGUGAUAUUUGUAGUUACCUCAGCGGCUUUCUUUGGGUCUAGCUUUCCCAUUGUGCCUGAAUUGGGUGUGUGC